UUAAUAAAAUGGAGCAGUUAAUUUGUAGAACUUGCCUCAAAACCAAUCUUUCCUCCACGAAUUGUGUCCAGAUUUACAAUUUGGUCGAGACAAAUCAAAUGACGAUCAAAGACAUGUUGGAGUUAUUUAUGCCCGAAAUGGACCUGGACUUAUUCGAGGGUGAAGUAGUGAUGUGCGUUCAAUGUUCCGACUCCUUGAGACGGGCUUACCUUUUCAAAGACACUUGCUUGAAGACAGAGGAACGCAUUUACGAUUACUUGCAACAGUACGACAUUAAACUGGGCAAAAAAAUUAGUUUGAGAAACAUUAUAACGCACAAUCUGGCGGGAAGCAAGGACUUGGGCGAUUUUAAAGUACCGGAAGGUUAUUUAACUUCGGUGCAAGACAGCAGUUACCUAAACAACACAGUGAUAAAACCGGAAAACCCAGAGUUAGGAAAAUCACGUAAGAGGAGUCAUUCAAGUGGUACAAAAAAAUCUAAAAGCGAUAACAGUUCGUUAAAACGCAGCUACACGUGCGACUUAUGCGAAUACAAAGCCUACAGAUUAGACUUACUUAACACCCACAAACAAAAACACGACAAAAACAUGUUGAGCGUGAAAGAAUACAAGUGUGAUUUUUGCACCUACACCACUUUGCGUAAACGGGCCUUGGACCGACACUUAUUCACUCACAAGGGCAAAUCGCCACAUUUGUGCCAAAUCUGCAACAAACCGUUUGCGGAAAAAUACCAGUUAAAGUUACACAUGAUCACACAUACGGGAAAAGAGCUUCCACAUAAGUGUGACGAGUGUGGCAAAGGCUAUUUGACCAAGUCGUAUUUAAAACAGCAUAAGGAGACGAGACAUUUGCCCGAAAAAUGCACAGAGUGUGAUGAUGAUGAGUGUGGACACGCAACUAGGUGCUAUAAGUGUAAUUUGUGCGAGGCUAGUUUUACCGAUAGGAGAGGGCUUGAGGCGCAUACUUUUACACACACGGGGGGCGAAUUGCCCUACAAGUGCCCCCACUGUAGUUUCAGCACGGCCUGGAAGGGCAAUUUGAAAAAACACCUCAACAAUAAGCAUUAAGAAGGGGUUUUGUGACGCUACACGGAUAGAUGGCAGCACUGAUAUUUCGUUGAAGAGGGCCACGUUUUUGCUUUAUUGGAGUAUUAUUUAUUUAUUUUUUCUGUCCUGAUUAGCAAUGUCAGAAAGUUUCAGAAAUUGUUUUUUACGUUUUUGGAAACUAAACGAGUUGGUAAAGCG